AUGUCUGACCUCGCCUACACCAGCCGCAAAGCUGCCUGGACAGAGCGUGAUCUGCCACCUCCCUUGGUCGAGCUUGCAGAUUCGUUAGCCAACCUCGAAGCGAAGCUUCAGCUCCCGCCAGAGGAGCCACUCGAUGAUGCAUCGCUCGAGACUGCUUCAAAAGAAGACUACCGACGGCUGGAG